GGCCGUCGGCCUGCGGCGAAGCUUUUAGCGAACGCGAAAGCUUGCGACCGAAGAAAAGCGUGGAAGGGAGGGAGGGCUCGAGGUCGCGGUCGAGGUCGUGGUCGUGGAAUUGGGUCCAGAAAUUUCUAGAAAUCGAGGCUCGAGGAAUCGAAAUUGGCCUGCGCUCUCUCGCGGUCGGCAGUCCGCUUGUACUAUAAAGGUUGAAGUCUGCUUCUUGUUCUCGAGGGUUCCGUCUCUAGGCCGAUCGCGGGUGCUGUCCAUUCUUCUCUCGAGGCAAUUUCACCGAUUUGGGCUUCCUGUUGUUUGGACAUUGGAGCGCGUGCCGCUUGCCACUCCAAUUGGGCGAUUUCCCAGCGGUUUGCGAUGGCCAACGUGAUGGCUUUGCAGUCGUGUGCGACGGCGUCGUCUUUGGCAGCACCUUCUUCUGUCCAGCGCUUGUACACUGCACCUUCUUCUUCUUCUUCGUCCUCGUCCGCUGGUCCCCUUAAGGCUCCCCUAAACGCGGGGAAGUUCGUCGUUCAAUCGCAGUAUAGGGAGAACGGACCCAAUUACUUUCUCUUCUCGAAGUCGCCGAAUUCGGUGCCGGUUGUGAGAGCUGCGAGGGACUCGUUCGAUUGGAUGGACGACUCCUCCGUUUCAAACGGUACCGAAAUAAAGGACGAUGCGAUGGUUCCGAUUUCAUGGGAGGCGAAUUCUGAGAAGCAAUUGGAGGGGAUUGUUCCGGCGGAGAGGACUACUUUUCUUACCUUAUCUAAGGAUAUGGCGAUGGGAUUAGUGCUGCAAGCAGCUACAGCUACCGGCUGGACAACCGGCUCCGGGUUGGAAGGUCCAGCAGUAUCAAAAGAGGAGAGUGCAGCUGAGGAGGAGAAAUCAAAGUUUCCAUAUUUGAGCAAGUCACCGAGGAGAAAAAUGAGAGUGGCUUUUACCUGCAACGUGUGCGGUGAGCGGACGACUCGAGCCAUCAACCCUCAUGCCUACUCCGACGGGACCGUGUUCGUGCAGUGUAAAGGUUGUGAUGUGUUUCACAAACUUGUGGACAAUUUGAACCUUUUUCACGAGAUGAAUGGCAAAAUCUACCGGGGUUAUGAUACCCCCUGGUAUGCCAAUGACCAGCCAUACGAUUUUUUCAAUGGGCAGUACUCCAUCGAUGAUCAUUUUCCUGGAUUGUAGGAUGAACAGACUUGAAAUUUGUGUAUAUCUUGGUAACUGAAGGUCGUAGACAUUCUACGGACUAUAUGAGAAUAGCAGUUGUUGCGUUGAUAUCUCUGGCCACGAAAGGUGAAGUCAUGCAACACCAGAUUCACAGAGCUUUUGCCUACAGCCGCCAAAGCUCUGCUUCUACAUCCUGGCUCUUUUACAGAGAGCUAUUCGCAGCCACUGUUGUCAAGUAUGUAGUGUAAACUUAGAUGUGUAUGCUGUACAGAAGUAGCUCUACAUGGGAAGAUUUCCACUUUCUUCGUCAGUCUCAGCGGAGAGACUUAGCUUAAACCUGAGUGUCGAAGUGUUGCAAUGUAUGGAGUGUUAUGAAAGGGUAGAAAUUUAAUUGGAAGUCAUAUGACGCAAUACUUUGUUACAUUCAUGAAGAAAUUUGUGUCAUAUUGUAUCUACGUUUCCGCUGGAACUUUCAGUAUUCUAUCUCCUCUCUAUUCUAUUCUGUUAGCCUACGCGAUUCUUUAAACGAUUUAGUUUUGAUUGGCCUUGACCGCAAUUAUGAAAUGUUUCGUGGAGUAUUGAUAUUUAGUUUUAACCAGAUAUUCAACUUAUGUAUGUGGUUGGCUUCAUGUAAGGAA